GCAAAUAAGAAAUCACGAGAUUAAUCAGGAUUCUUCAAGCCAGAACAAUGAAAAAGGAGAAGAAGCAAGUUAACAAGGAUAUAAUUUUCCUUGGCAAGGAUAUUUACCUGAACAAACCGCCACCAUCAUUCUUAGAUAAGCCAAAGUUAUUUAAGAAUCUUCCGAUUUAUGAAAAGUUUCAUCUUAAAACCCACUUUCCUAAAAUAAAUCAGAAGAAGUUGUUCCAGAAUAAAGACAUCCAACUGGUAGGGACUCCUAAAUAAGAGGAAGAAGAAGUUCAAAUCGAACAUGAUUAACAUCAUAUCUCCGAAUAAUGAAAGCCAAGUGGUUACACUUUCUCCUUCAAAGAAGCCGAAAGGGAAAUGGUUUCAAAAAAUUCCAGUGAAUUGGGGCAAAGAUUAUGACCAACUUAAGAAGUCCCUCGAUGAAAGCAGCCCUUUGACAGGGAAAGAUGUCAAAUCAUUCCUGUAUUUCGCUAAUAAGAUUCCUAAUCCUGAUGUCAUCGAGAAAUUCCUGAACUAUUUGUACACACAUAACCUGAAGAAGAACUUGUUACCAGCUGAUAUUCAAAAGGAGCUAUCUUCUUCAAAAUGGAAGAACACUUUUGAUCUUCCAGCAAUAAGCAAGAGGAACAGCAUCGGCGAUAGGUCAAGACAAUUUUCCACCAUUGGGUUCAGAUCAUCUGACCAGUUGACAAAGAAGAAAAAUUCUGGUCAUACUCAAAGAAAAUCUCCAGUUUGGACAAAAAGACAUCUCUCGCCAAUUACAAAGAGGGAGAAAAUAUUUAAACAGUCUCAGAGACGAUCAGGUGGUGCUAAUUUCUACUCAAAAAGAUCGUCUCUCAAAGUGCCAAGAUUAAAAAGCCCAACUGAAAUAAUUGACAAGAUCAUAACUCCAGAAUACACUGAUGAAGAAGUGGAUGAAAUGCUUAUAGCUCUUGCUUACAGUCAGACCAAGAUGGAACAAAGGCUUAAGUCAUCAAUAAAUUCUCCUUAAUAUAUAUGAACAUCUGUCAACCUGUAAAUA